CCGAGCCAACAACUUCCAUACUCCCAUUUGUUGCUCUCCUUCGGUUAUUGAUUCCCCUUCUCUCUCUAGUGGUUAUUAUAUAAUUAUUCAACGGUUGCCUCCGCUGGUGACAUUUUGAGCUGGAGCGGCAGCUUGUGGAUAUGGUGGUGGCACACUUGUGUAUUUCUGUGUGUCUGUGUUGAGCGCGUGUGUGUCCGUGUGUGUGAUUUUAUGUCCUUUCGCGCUUCAGCUGCGAACACAGAGCACAGUUGUCGGUGUGGACUCGGCCCAUACAGUCAUUGGUCUACGAAGAGGAUCACAGUCGCGCGUUUCUUGAAAAGCUCGAGCUCURGGAGGGAUAAAGACGCCGGAGGCGCGAGCUGAUCUUCAGGGUGUUGUUUGGCUAGAGAAAUAGCUCGAGAAUGUCCUUGUAUGACUGGAGCCAAGUCUUUCCCGGUGUUWGGAGCACGGAAUUACCCCCGUGUUGAACUUGUUGCUGGUUCGUUUCAACCCCUUUUCCAAGGGGAGAAUAUUCUGCAUACUUUUGUGUGCAGAGAGGAUUGUUUUAUAUUAGAAAGAGAACGGAAAUCUUUAUUUUUCAAACCAGUCGCUUUUACGCGGAGAUGUCCUCUCGCCGCGCUGUGGUUCUGUGAUCGCCCACCGGAGCGUCGAGAGCUCUUCACCGGGACCGGGUCGCACACAGUGGGUCACCAUGGCAGCGGGAGUGGCGGCGUGGUUACCAUUCGCCCGGGCGGCUGCUAUAGGAUGGAUGCCGGUAGCCAGUGCGCCCAUGCCGACGCCCCCACCUGACAACCGGCGAAAACAGGACGGGCUCAUCUUGCUCAAUGUCAGCGGUCAGAAGUUCCAGACGUGGCGGAAUACAUUGGAGCGGUACCCGGACACUUUACUGGGCAGCACAGAGCGGGAAUUCUUCUUCCACGAGGAGACAAACGAAUACUUUUUCGACCGUGACCCGGAUAUUUUCAGACACAUUCUGAACUUCUAUCGUACCGGGAAGCUGCACUACCCGCGCCAGGAGUGCAUCUCGGCCUACGAUGAGGAGCUGGCCUUCUUUGGGAUCAUACCGGAGAUCAUAGGGGACUGCUGCUAUGAAGAGUACAAGGACCGGCGGCGGGAGAACCAGGAGAGAAUCCAGGAUGACGAGGACAGCGAGAACCAGAACGAUAUGGUCCCGCCGGAUAUGACAUUCCGAGAAACCAUGUGGCGGGCCUUCGAGAACCCCCACACGAGCACCAUGGCCCUGGUGUUUUAUUACGUCACCGGCUUCUUCAUUGCUGUUUCCGUGAUGGCCAACGUGGUGGAGACGGUCCCGUGCGGGACUUUGCAAAAUCGKGUCAAACAGGUGUCGUGCGGGGAGCGGUAUGCCUUGGCAUUUUUCUGUCUGGAUACGGCCUGCGUCAUGAUCUUCACCGUGGAGUACCUGCUGCGUCUAAUGGCGGCGCCCAGUCGCUGGAACUUCAUCAAGAGCGUGAUGAGCGUCAUCGAUGUGGUGGCCAUUAUGCCCUACUACAUCGGCCUGGUCAUGACGGACAACGAGGACGUCAGCGGGGCCUUCGUCACCCUGAGGGUCUUCCGGGUUUUCAGGAUUUUCAAAUUCUCCCGCCACUCUGCGGGGCUGCGCAUCCUGGGCUACACGCUGAAGAGCUGCGCCUCGGAGCUGGGCUUCCUGCUCUUCUCCCUCACCAUGGCCAUCAUCAUCUUCGCCACUGUCAUGUUCUACGCCGAGAAGGGCUCCUCAGCCAGCAAGUUCACCAGCAUCCCAGCAGCCUUCUGGUACACCAUCGUCACCAUGACAACUCUGGGGUAG